AAUAUCAAAGUGAAGCCAGAUACAAAACCUGUCUUCAGAAAGGCAAGACCAGUGCCAUACGCACUAAAAGACGCAGUUGAAAAAGAGCUAGAUAGGCUGGAAAAAGCUGGUAUUAUCUCAAAGGUAGACCAUAGUCAGUGGGCUGCCCCGAUAGUAGUUGUACCCAAAUCAGACAAGUCAACUCGUAUCUGUGGAGACUAUAAAUUCACGGUUAAUCAGAGUGUGGAAGAGGAGACCUAUCCACUACCGAACGCCGAGGAUCUCUUCGCCACACUGGCCGGGGGCACGCUCUUUAGCAAAUUAGAUCUCUCACAUGCCUACCAACAGCUUGAGUUAGAGAAGGACUCAGAGAAGUAUUUAACAAUAAAUACCCACAAAGGACUGUAUGUUUAUCACAGACUUUCAUAUGGAGUGUCGAGUGCACCUUCUAUGUUCCAGAAUGUGAUGGACCAGAUACUACAAGGCUUAGAGCAUGUGACCUGCUUCCUCGAUGACAUACUAGUCACAGGCAGAACAAGAGAGGAGCACCUGAGGAACCUAGAUGAGGUUUUGAGCCGACUGGAGAGCUACGGGGUAAGAGUGAAAAGAGCAAAAUGUGACUUCAUGCAGGAGAAAGUAGAGUACCUGGGGCAUCUGAUAGAUAAAGAGGGACUUCACCCCACUGAGACAAAGGUUGCCGCCAUCGUAAAUGCACCCCAGCCCACAAACGUCACAGAGUUACGGUCAUUCCUAGGACUGUUAAACUAUUAUGGCCGUUUCAUGAAAGAUCUGUCGCAUGUACUACCAGAUCGAAAAACCUUUGCCAAGGAUUUGGACAAGGCCUAUGCAGCGAUGGAAAAACAGCUGAAGAAUAAAUUAGAUGCCCAGGACUAUGUGUCAGCAACAGCUGAUAUAUGGAGCAGCAAUAACGAGAGUUUCCUGGGAGUGACUGUUCACUGGAUCGAUGAAGGCAAAGGCCAGGCAGCCAUCACCCAGUCAAACAUCAGCCAGUCCGCCAUCAGGCCGGCCAGCCCUAGGGAUGAACUUAUCAUUGGAAGCUACGUUAUCGGGCCCAUAAUACAGAGGAUGAAAUCUGAUGAGAAGUAUGAGGAGCUUAUCUGCUCCAACACCUCGGACCCAGAGUGUGUUUGCAAGCUGCGGCACUUGCCUCCAUUGUUGUCUGUGGAGGUCAGAUUCCUUGAAGUGGCCUGGAGGGGGAAGGAGAGUGCAGACCUUUUGAGUGAGGAGCAUGGCUGGUGUCAACAAGAAAGUGUGAACAGCGGCUUCAGUGAACACAUGACCCUGAUGCUCGACUCAAUCAUGGUAGUGUUCCACAAGCAAUUUUGCGACAUGGCUGCAGACUGGAAAAAUCACAGGGAAUUUCUCUUUGAAGUCCAGAGCAGCAAGCUUAAGCCGGCCUCCUAUCCUGAGAAGGCCUCCAUCGUCCAGGUUCUCUCCUGA